AUGUCAGGCCAAUUUGAUAAAACACAAUUAACGAAGAUUCUGAUUGGCGCGUUAAGGGAUUUGGGAUAUAAUGAUUCAGCAAUUACUUUACAAGAUGAAAGUGGAGGAAUUAAAGUAGAAUCAACUAUAGUUCAAAACUUUUUUAAUAUAAUAAAUAAGAAAAAUAAUCAAUUUCUAAAAGUAAGCUUCUUUGAAAUUGCUAGUUUACCAUUACGAUACGGGUGUUUAAAAGAUGAUUUACCUGCAGAGAGCAAGGAUAUUGGAAAGGAAAUAACUAUAAAUGAUUGGGAUACACUAGUGGAAUUCAUGAGUUUACAAACUAAAUAUAUUAUGGAUGUGUUGCAGAACUCAUUUAAGAGGAGUACAUGUUCAACUGAUACAUUAAUUAGGUGGUGUACAGUUCUCAAGAUUUUUUAUUUGAUCAAUCAGCAAAUAUUUUUUGAGAUUAUAUUUAUUCAUGAGAAUCCAAUUAAGGCAAUCACAUUCUUAAAGAGUAUUCUCAGAAGAUUAUUACUGGUUUGGGAAUCAACAUUGUACGAUAUAAAUUUCACAACUUCGUCACCCAAUGAUGAUGAGGAAACUGUCAUAUUGGAUCCAAAUGUUAACUUAGGCUUUACUGACUUUAUAUCAAUUCCAAAACAUUUACCAACCGAAAUUGAUUAUAAUUUUACCAAUACAUAUAAUAGUGUCAGUUUUAAUAACAACGAACUUAACGAAAUACAAUUUGAUAGGGUAAACUCAGAUGAAAUUAUUAGAAAGUUAACGGCUUUAUUGACAGACCCUAAUCAAUACUAUCAAUUACCAGUUUGGAGGAAUCAUUUCAUUGAUUCAAGAAUUUUCUUGAUCAAUGAAAUUUCUAAAUUAAUUAAUCCGGAUGAUUUGAUUCCAAAAAAUAGAUUAAUUGAAUUGUUAAACCAAUCAAUUAAAUAUCAAAAGUCGAAAGACGUGUUUAAUAUUUCAGACUCAGAUUCAGACGAUAUGACUCAGCAGACUUCUUCAUAUUCACAAGAUAGUUGUACUCAAAUAUCUAAAAAUCAUGAUUUGAGUUUUGAAAGAGAGUUUGAAUAUGAACUGGAUUCAAAUAACACCAAUACAGCAGUUGAUGAUUCAACACUAGUAAGUACUGCAGCAUCUUCGGUAGGGUCAACAAUAGUUUCAAAUUCCAACUCUAAAUUUAAUACCAAAAGAACUACAUAUAACUUGUUGCAAAAUAAUGUCCCUACCACGAAGUCAUUAGAUUUCAAGAAAAUAUAUACUAUUUCAGAAAAUACAGAUGAAAUUUGGUAUUUGCAGUUUUCACCAAAUGGGAAAUACUUAGCUAGUGCAUCGUCAGAUACUUUGACAGAUAAAAAAAUAUUAAUUUAUGAUGUUGAGGAUAACUUUAAAGUUUAUAAAGUUCUUGCAGGGAAUGAUCAGUGUGUAUUAUAUCUUUCAUUUUCACCUGAUAGUAGAUAUAUUGUAUCAUGUCCCUUUAAUGAGAUGGCAAAUGUUUAUGAUAUCCAUUCCAGUGGCGAAAAGUUUCUUUGUAAUGAAUUAUUUCCCAAUUCAUCAUAUUCAGAUGCCAAUGAAAAAUACUAUACUCAAGUUUUAAAUCCUAUUAGUUCAUUUCAAAUCACUAAAUUAAGACCACAAAACAUAAAUCAGAACCAACCAAUGCUCGACGGGCAUCACCCACUACCAGGCUCACCAUCUUUACCUACUAUUAACAAUAACAAUGUUGGAGCUACGCACAAUGCAAAUUCAAACUCUAAUUGUCCAAGGAUUUGGUCUUGUGAUUGGUUACAUUCACCGAUUGGGAAGUAUGUUUUGGCUGUAGGUUCACCCGAUCGUGAAGUUGUCUUUUAUAACAUCAAGAAAAAGAAGAUAAUAUUUAGAAUGAAUAGCUUUAUGGGUACCUCAAACCCUAUUAUUGAUUCUAUAACUGGCAAGAGAGAAGUUUUUCCAAGAAUUCACGAUCUAAAAGUUACUUUUGAUGAUAGAUAUUUGAUUCUGAUGAGUAAUCAAGGGAUUAUUGAUACUUACUCCUUAAAGGAUUUGCUUCAAUCUUUGGAAAUAGAGGCGAAUAAUUUAUCCUCAUCCUCAUCCUCAUCAUCUCCCUCUCCUACUCCAAUUACAUCAUGGAAUGGAGGUAAUAAUAACAACAACGGUAAUCAUAGAAAUUCCAUUGGGUUACCCAAAAUUAACUUAACAAGAAUAUCUAGAUUAAUGAUACAAAAGAAAACAACAAGUAUUACAUUACCAGAAAUGAAAUCCGCUAAUGAUCCAUUAGCUUCCAAGGUGUUGAUCAAUUUGCAAUCGAAUGAAAUACAAUUAUGGGACUUUAAACAACAGAUAUUAAUUCAAAAAUAUUUUGGCCAAAAACAAGAACAAUUUAUUAUUAGGUCCUGUCUCGGUUAUAAUAAUAAAUUGGUUGCGAGUGGGUCUGAGGAUGGCCGCAUAUAUAUUUGGUUUAGAAAGCAUGGUAAUAUCCUUCAUGUGAUUCCAGCACAUGUUUGUGAAUCCUCAAGGCCAGCAACUUCACAAAAUUCGAUCCUUUUGAAUCAAGAGGAUUUCCCAAUAAUAUCACACAGAUCUAAAGAAGCCGCAUCAAAGAAAAAGAAACGCGAAAAGAAUUGUAACGUUGUAGUUUGGAAUCCUGCAAAUAAAACAAUGUUUGCUUCUGGUGGAGAUGAUGGAUUUAUACAUAUUUGGAAAGUUGAACGCUCUUAG